AUGGAUAGCGAGCAGAGAUACGACCAACAUUUUGACAAGGUAUGGGAAGAAAGCUUUUUCACGUGUAUCGAUAAUAAAAUCAUCUGUCUUCUCUGUGGGUAUAAACCCAGUAUUGUUAAAAAAUAUGUCCUGCUUAGGCAUUAUAAGAUUAAGCAUUCGCACGAGUACUCGAAGUAUGUGGACGAGGAGAAAUUUAAUUUAAUCGAAGGAUUAAAAUUGAUUUAUCAAGAAGGUUGUAGUUCGAAUAUCGAAAAUGUUACACCUUCAGUUAAAGCUCUUAAAGCCUCUUAUGCGAUUUCAAAUUUAAUCGCAAAAAAUUCCAAGCCGUUCUGCAAGGGAAAAUUUAUAAAGGAAUGCCUCAUCACAGCAGUAGAGUCAUUUGGAAAUUCAUUGACUCUUGAAGAAGCUGCUAGCAUUUCUUUAAGUGACAAAACAGUACAAUCCCGAAUAAGUGAUAUUGCUUCAUCUUUAGAAAAUAAACUAAAAUCUCUCUUAACAUCUUGUUCCUUUUUUUCAUUGUGCCUAGACGAAAGCACCGAUAAUCGACAUGUAAGUCAAUUGAGCAUUUUUGUUCGAAUCGUGCAAAACGAUUUUUCACAUGUCGAGGAGCUAUUAGAUUUCGUUCCAUUGCAUUCAAGAACAACAGGCUUAGAUAUUUUCAAAGCCGUUGAUCAAACUUUAAAAAAGUUUGAUACUAAUUUUGUAAAAUGUUCAGCUAUCGUUACCGAUGGCGCAAAAGCAAUGAUUGGCGCAAAGAAUGGAUUAUUCGGUCAAAUAAAGCAGCGAGGUUUAAAGUUCCCUGUCAUUCAUUGCGUAAUUCAUCAAGAAGCGUUAUGUGGGAAAGUUGUGAAACUAUCCACGGCAAUGCAAACCGUGACAAAAAUUAUCAAUACUAUCAAAGGUGGUCAAAAAUUUCUUAGUCAUAGAAAGUUUCAGCAAUUUCUCCAGGAACAUAACGCAACGUACACAGAUGUACCUCUAUAUUGUGAAGUUCGGUGGCUCAGCGCAGGAAGAUGCUUAGAAAAAUUCUUUGCAAUAAGAAAAGAGAUCUUCCUUUUCUUGCAAGAAAAUUUUGCUGCAAAAUAUGAAGAAUUCAAAUCUUUUUUCGAGGAUGUAAACUCGCUUUGCGAGCUUGCUCUCAUAACUGACAUGACAAAUCAUUUAAAUAUUCUUAAUUUAAAGCUGCAAAAGACCAAUCGAAAUCCUCUCACUGUGCAAAUCGAGAAACAAAGCCUAGACUUUCAGGCAGAACUUUGCGAUUUGCAACAUGAUCUCUCUUUGAAAGCACGACAGUCAUUUUACGAGCGGAAAGCACUACGCUUUACCGCCAGUGCAGAUACCACGGCGACUACUCUGGAAGAAGCCAAGACGCUGCAGUGGAGACUCCAGGCGCUCACAUUGUCACCAGUCCGGAACACGCGGCCACCUCGUGUAUUGCUGGCCGAAGGAGAUCUGAGGAUCUGGAGGUACACCUCCCCACGGUACCAGCUGCCGGACUUACUGGAGAACCUCGCCAGGGACAGCUGCAGUAUCGCCACGCAGACGGACACCACAGACUGCCGCAGGAGAGAUCGAGCGACACAGACGGACCUUGGAGCCACUGCCACGUGCGGAACGCAGACCAACCGCAGUAGUCGGGCCGGCAAACCGAAACGGAAGAAGGCCAAACAACGGAGACUAUCUAAGGAGAGACCAUCCCGGGCAAAAAGACAUCGUGUCGAGGAGACUGCAGCUACGCCGUCCAAGAACGAGACCGACUGCAACAACAACGAGGAGCCAGCGUACCGGGUUACAAUAACCAAACCGCCAAUACGGUGGAGGCCUAAGGCCUAA